AUGACGAACGAUGAGGAAAUCGAAACUUCAAUAAUCGAGGUUAAGAUAGCUCCAGAGCCACCAAUCCAAGAGACUUGGUCUAGUGUAUUCCUUCGUCAAGCCUCAGUCUAUGGUGUAGCUGCUGGCUAUUGCCUCUCAGCUUCUCUUCUCUCAAUCAUCAACAAAUGGGCUAUCAUGAAAUUCCCAUACCCCGGUGCCUUAACCGCUAUGCAGUACUUCACAAGUGCAGCUGGUGUUUUGCUCUGUGCUCAGAUGAAGCUUAUAGAGCAUGACUCUCUCAAUCUUUUGACAAUGUGGAGGUUUCUCCCCGCUGCUAUGAUCUUCUACUUGUCUCUUUUCACCAACAGUGAGCUUCUCCUCCACGCUAAUGUCGAUACUUUCAUCGUCUUUCGCUCUGCUGUUCCUAUCUUUGUUGCUAUUGGUGAAACCCUUUUCUUGCACGAGCCUUGGCCGUCUGUUAAGACGUGGGGAUCUUUGGCUACUAUCUUUGGUGGGAGUUUGAUUUAUGUGUUUACUGAUUAUCAGUUUACGAUCGCAGCUUAUAGCUGGGCUCUUGCGUAUCUGGUGAGUAUGACUAUAGACUUUGUUUACAUUAAGCAUGUGGUUAUGACGAUUGGGUUAAACACUUGGGGUCUUGUUCUCUACAAUAACCUUGAGGCUCUGCUUUUGUUUCCCCUUGAGCUGCUUAUAAUGGGAGAGUUGAAAAAGAUUAAGCACGAGAUCACUGAUGAGUCUGAUUGGUACUCGUUUCAAGUGCUUUUACCUGUGGGUUUAUCGUGUCUGUUCGGCUUGGCUAUCUCUUUCUUCGGGUUCUCUUGUCGCCGGGCUAUUUCUGCAACGGGUUUUACUGUUCUUGGAAUUGUGAACAAGCUGUUGACGGUUGUGAUUAAUUUGGUGGUGUGGGAUAAACAUUCUACGUUUGUUGGAACCUUAACACAAUAUGAUAGAUUUUUUUUAAUAAGAAUGAAGGAAGAACAUGAGUUUCGGCUCAAGAAAAGAUAA